GGAGUCCUGCUGCUGCAAACGGCUCUCAGUGACUGAUGAGUGCAGUGUUGUGGAUACGGACGGCCGCCUCUUUUCUUUAACCUGGCUCUUUUUCUGCCUCUCAUAUUCGGUGUUUAACGGACCUUUUUUUCCUCCGGAGCUGAAGUGAAACGCCGGGGUGGAAGAUGUCAGUGGCCGGGCUGAAGAAACAGUUCCACAAAGCCAGUCAGCUCCUCAGUGAAAAGAUCAGCGGGGCCGAGGGGACGAAGCUCGAUGAGGACUUUAUGGAGAUGGAGAGGAAAAUCGAGGUCACCAACAAGUCAGUUCUUGACCUCCUGUCCAAAACAACAGAAUACCUCCAGCCCAACCCAGCAUCCAGAGCUAAACUGAACAUGCUCAACACAGUGUCCAAGAUCCGAGGGCAGGUGAAGACCACGGGUUACCCCCAGGCUGAAGGCAUGCUGGGAGACUGUAUGCUGCGCUAUGGCAACGAACUGGGAGAUGACUCUGUGUUUGGCUGUUCUCUGGUGGACAUGGGCGAGGCCAUGAGGCAGAUGGCAGACGUGAAGGACUCCCUGGACAUUAACGUCAAACAGAACUUUAUUGAUCCCCUGCAGAAUCUACAGGACAAGGACCUCAAAGAGAUCAUGCAUCACCUGAAGAAGCUGGAGGGUCGCCGGUUAGACUUUGACUACAAGAAGAAGCGUCAGGGGAAGAUCCCAGAUGAGGAGAUCCGUCAGGCUGUGGAGAAGUUUGAGGAGAGCAAAGAUCUGGCAGAAAGGAGCAUGUUCAACUUCCUGGAGAAUGACGUGGAGCAGGUGAGCCAGUUGUCGGCGCUGAUUGAGGCGGCGUUGGAAUACCAUCGGCAGUCGUGUCACAUCCUGGAGGAGCUCAGCAGUAAACUGCAGAAGAGGAUAUCCACAGCCAGCGGUCGCCCCAAAAGGGAGUUCAAACCAAAGUCCAUCAGGAGCAGCAUCGAGGCGCUGGACAACAGUCAACACAACGGCCUUUCCUACAGCUCCUCUCUCAAAUCCACAGAUAUCCAGACCAACCACACAGUGAAUGGGAAAACUGAUCACAUAACCUCUGUCCCACUGUCAUGGCCCGAGAGCCCCACUACCAAUGGCAAUAAUCACCAGUCGGAGGUUCUGGACCAGCCCUGCUGUCGCUCCCUCUACGACUUCGAGCCAGAGAACGAAGGCGAGCUGGGCUUCAAAGAGGGCGACAUCAUCAUCCUCACCAACCAGAUAGAUGAGAACUGGUACGAGGGCAUGAUCAACGGCGAGUCCGGCUUCUUCCCCAUCAACUACGUGAAGGUCAUCGUCCCCCUCCCGCAGUGAGACCGCCGCCUCCAGUGAGUCCUCGGCGAGACUUCUUCUUCGCCUCGUCACACUUCAGCCUCUGUCCUCGACUCCGGGUCCGGAGGAGGAGGAGGAAGGGGGGUGGGUUGGCUCAGCCCUGCGUUAAAAAGAAAUAAAAAAGUCUGUCUUCUGAGUUUAGAUGGGGCCAGAUGGGUAGUAGUUGUGUCCUACGCUGACUUAAGAUCAAACGUCGCUGAUUACAUAGUCUCUUUUUUCUGUCGAUAUUUAUGAACCUGAAGCCAACUGAAACCCAAGCCAUUAAGUGGGACCUGACGCCUGGUCGGACUCUACGUGUCCUUGGGUCUGACCGUGGUGAAAACGUCACACGCUUGUCAAACUUUUCCAUCCCGUUCGCUCUCCGUUCAUCCUCUUCAACUCCUCCGAACCUUUCAGCUCUCUGCCGUCGAGAGAAAACGAGUUGACGAAUAACUACUUUGUUCUGUGUUCUCCUAACACAAACCGUAAGUGUUCAUGAUACCUUUUGAGGCCUAAAAGUGAAGUCUAGGAUCAUGAGAAUUCCAUUUUUGCUUCUUAGUUUGGUAGUUUGGCCACUGUUUCUGUCGUUAAGUCAUUCGUUUAUUCACUGAGCCUGUGUUUUAACUCAGAAAUACCUCAAUAAAGAAAUGCCUCGAUUACCGAUAGGGAUAAAAAUGUCAAACGAGUAAAAUAAUAAAACCAUUAAUACGCAGGAUUUGAUUUAUGCCGCAAACCAGAAAUGAAAUCCAUAGUUUUUGAUGUGUGGGAUCAUGGGAGCUGCUGUUUUCUGGACUAGUGGCGAUGAAAACCUACAGAUGAGGUAAUGUAUUAAAGAUUUAUUCACCUUAUAUCGUGUGAUGUACUAUCACACAAUUUCACUGAGCUGCUGCAGAUAACAUCAGUAAUAAUGUGAUGUCAUCAACAGGCGACUGAAAAAAUGACAAAUAUCAUAGAAUUUUAGCAUUGUUGGAAAUAUUUCAAAUGACCUAACAAGGAGUAACAAUAUAUACAGGGUUCCUGCAGGGUCU